AUUAUAAAACAGCAAAAAUGAAUAAUUUCCUCUCGAACGCAGAGUUGAAACUUGAAACUGAUCUCACCACUCACUCACUUCUUUCCGUUCCUGAAGAAGAAGAAGCUCCCAUUCCGUUCCCAAUGGAUAAAAUACAGCACCAUUUCAUGGAAGUUCGAGGACUGAAGCACCACGUAGCCGAGAUCGGAACCGGUCCCAAUGUGGUGGUGUUCCUGCACGGUUUUCCGGAGAUCUGGUACUCGUGGCGGCACCAGAUGAUCGGUCUCGCCAAUGCCGGAUUCCGAACAAUCGCUCCCGAUUACAGAGGAUAUGGACUCUCCGAUUCGCCGCCGGAACCCUCGAAGGCCACAUACGGCGACAUCAUCAGCGAUCUCCUUGGAAUUCUCGACGCUCUCCACAUCCCUAAGGUAUUUCUGGUUGGGAAAGAUUUAGGAACAUGGCCAGCUUAUUACUUUGCUCUGAAACAUCCUGAGAGGGCACUGGGAGUUGUCACAUUGGGAGUGCCAUUCCUGCCCCCUGAGCUUACUAUUAAGUUCCAAGACCUCCCUGAAGGCAUCUAUGUUUCAAGAUGGCUGAAACCUGGGCGAGCCGAGGCUGAUUUUGGUCGUUUGGAUGCAAAGACCGUCUUCAGGAAUGUCUAUGUCCUCUUCUCCAGAAGCGAAAUUCCAACCGCUAAAGAAAAUCAAGAGAUAAUGGAUUUAGUGGACGCAUCCACCCCUCUUCCCCCAUGGUUUACAGAGGAAGAUCUAGCAGUUUAUGGAACUCUCUAUGAGAAAUCUGGAUUUGAAACAGCAUUAAAAGUUCCUUACAGGUCGUUCGAUGAAGACUUUGGAAUAAAAGAUCCAAAAGUUGAAGUUCCAGCUCUCCUAAUAAUGGGUGAAAAGGAUUAUGUUCUGAAAUUCCCAGGAAUGGAUGAAUACAUACAAAGUGGAAUGGUAAAAGAUUAUGUUCCCAAGUUGGAGAUCAUCUAUGUACCAGAAGGAUCUCAUUUUGUUCAAGAGCAAUUCCCUGAAGAAGUUAACAGUUUGCUACUCAAUUUCCUUGCCAAACACACUUGACUUUACAAGAGAUCUUGAUGUAUUGUGUACUUUUUGUUGUUCUUAAAUUCCAAUAAUGGCUACAAUAUGUAUUUUCAUAAAAUCUACUUACAAUAUGUAAUGCUACAAUAUUUAUGUGUGCAAAUCCAUGGAUGUCUAUUACUUAGAAACAUGGGAGGCGUUUGUUUCGAGAA